UCUCACACCGGGUACUUCUCGUACAAUUUCAAUUGAAGUUCAAAACUGUUUUUAUUUCAGCGUCUAGUACCAUCAAAAUUUCUUAAUAUUUUAAAUUAAAAUAAAGGUUAAAGAAAUGGCUAUGCAGUGUCAAUUAUGGAUGGGCAGUCUGGAGCCCAACAUGACUGAGAGUUUCAUUAUGGCCGCAUUCCAUCGCAUGGGUCAACGUCCACUGGCUGUUAAGGUGAUGAGAAACAAAUUUACUGGAGAACCCGCUGGGUAUGCUUUUGUACACUUCCAGACUGACGAAGAAGCAAUUGAUGCAAUGCACAAACUAAAUGGCAAACCAAUCCCUGGCACAUUUCCAGUAGUCCGAUUCAGGCUGAACACAGCCUCAAGAGAGGCACGAGCAAAUAUGCAGACUGAAAGAGAAUUUUCAGUGUGGGUAGGAGACCUCAGUCCUGAUGUUGAUGAUUAUUCGUUGUACAGAGUUUUCGCUUCUAAGUAUAAUUCUAUUAAAACUGCUAAAGUAAUACUCGACAGUUCAGGCUACACAAAAGGCUAUGGUUUUGUCAGAUUCGGAAAUGAAGAUGAACAACGUAAUGCUCUAUACGCAAUGAAUGGUUACAAUGGUCUCGGCACAAAGCCACUUAAGAUUUGUACUGCAGUACCGAAACCUAAAGGUGCGGCGGCUACGCAAGCUCAAUCUCCUGCAGCAUCAGGGUCUGGGCCCUCCUACAGUAGCGGGACGGAGUACAACCAAUAUUAUGAUCCGUCUGCCUAUUGGCAAAAUUACUCAGCGUGGUCUGGCUACUAUGGGCAGGGCGACCAGCCGGCCACGACGGCACCGGCACCGGCCGUCGACACCGCGCAAACUGCUGUCGCCAAGGUGCAAAAUGACGAGCUCGCGCUUGUCGAGCACAAGAAGGCUAUAAAUGUGGACGAGCUGAAUGAGGAGUUUUUGGACCCCGAGCUCUCCCUUUGGGACGGAUUGGAGUCCUCGCAGUGGUUCCCGCAUGAAGUUGUUGAAGCACACUGACAAGAAGACAAACGGUUGAAUAAAUAUAAUGCAGGAUGGGGGAGAUUUUCAUAAAUACUGCAACCAAAUAAUUUCAAACUUAAUAUUGGCUGCCAUUUUUAACCGAAUUAAAAAAAGGAGGAGGUUCUCUAUUGGACUGUAUGUGUUUUUUGUAUAUAUGUUAUGCAAUAACUCCGGUUUGUGAACCGUUCUUGAUGAUUCUUUUUUUUGUUGGAAAGAGGGUACCUCAGAAGUGGUCCCAUUUAAAUUUGAAGAAAGUAUUCCACCUGUAAGGGUUGCAAACUAGAGGAUGAAUGACUUAAGGUCAGUUUUUUUAACCAAUCAGAACACGAAAAUGCUAGUUAGAAUGAAAUUUGUUAAGAGCAAUUUUUUUUAUAUAGUAUCAAGGGACGGGACGAACAAGUCAUGCGCCUGGUGGUAAGCUACACGCCUCUCCAUGGCAGUUACAGUGCCGCUCA